AUGGAAACCACGUCCUCAAGUGACAUCUUUCUCAUGGAUAUGGAUGAAGUGUCCGUGUUGGAAUUCCUCGCUGACAUUGAAAUGCCGAAUGACGACGUCAUCGGCACCACAGAGUCGUCACCGAAGGGAGUUGUUGAGGCCGACACGCCCUCCAAACCAGAGAAGAAAUCGUGGAGACAGCGACGUAAAGAGGAACUUUUGGCACUACGGAGGAUCGCCAAGGAGCUCUCGAUUCAGCAUCAGCAAGUCAAAUUAGCGGCAGGUGUUCGCUCGACACUUCCAGGAGCAGACACAUUUAUUGGAGCUACUGCUCCACUAUCAUCGCGCAAAAUGGAAUCUUCGCAGAUGUGGGAGAAAACUGCAAUUCGACAGUCGGAGCUUGCAACGUGCGAUUAA